AUGGCUGCGGAACCGUUCUUGCUCCGAUGGGGAAUAAUGGCGACGGGUGCAAUGUCUGAAUACUUUUGCCAAGACCUGUUGACGAACCCAUCAACUCGUGGGGUCAGCGACGUCAGUCACAGUAUCACCGCAGUCUCUUCAUCCAAGGACCCCAAGAUAGCAGAGCACUUCUUAACCCGCAUCAACCAUCCUACACCCUCCACCGUCAACACCUACGGGUCCUACGCCUCACUAGUGAAGGAUGCUAACGUGGUCAUCAUUUACAUCGCUACGCCUCACAGUCACCACUUCCAGAACGCAAUGCUGGCUCUUGACGCGGGGAAGCACGUUCUGUGCGAGAAGGCCUUGACAGUUACCGCGGAGCAAACCCGCAAGCUUGUAGAGACAGCCCGGAGAAAGAAGUUGUUCUUCAUGGAAGGCGUCUGGACGAGGUUCUUCCCCCUGAGCGUAAAAAUUCGUAAAUUGGUCAGCGGCGGUGCUAUCGGGCGUGUGUACAGGGUAACCGCGGACCUCUCACGUGCGAAUAACAGCGAAGAGCCCGGCAGCACGAGAUUGAACUACGAGGACUCUCACCGCAUGGUCAAUCCGGACCUUGCUGGGGGCGUCUUGCUUGGACUGGGCAUAUACUCCCUAACGUGGAUUUUCCAGAUCCUGUACCAUCUGCAGCCCGAGGCAGAAAAGGAAAAGCCGGAGAUCUUGUCAGCCGUGCAGAAAUAUCAUACAGGUAUCGACGAGUCGGCCGCCGUCAUAUUGAAUUUUCCUGGGCACGGAACGACUGGAAUCGCUACUUCAUCUCUGCGCGUCGCAACCGAUCCGAAUGGCGGAAACCCGGCGAUUCGGAUCCAAGGUUCGGCAGGGGAGAUUCAGGUAGAGCACCCGGCGUAUAAACCACUUUCUUUCAAGAUCAUUAAGAAUGGCGCCGACGGUCCUGUCGAAGAGGUUAUCGAGUGCCCUCAACCUCAAGAUGAACAACGAAAGUGGGGUAACGGCACCUUCUGGGAGGCUGAUGAAAGCGCAAGGUGUAUCAGGGGCGGAAAGCUGGAAAGUAGCGUGAUGCCUUGGGAGGAGAGUAUACUUGUCAUGGAAACUAUGGAUCGGGUGCUUAGAGAGGCGGGGAUUGUUUAUCCGGAUCUUAUUGCUACUGCCGAGUUUGAUCCGUCUAGUCCUUUGAAUACGGGUAACUGA